AAAAAUAUUUUGGAAAGAAAAUGUUCGAAUAAUUCAACUUUGUUCCGCCAGGACUCUGCUCGUCUGUCGGGUGCCGGGGAAACGAAGUCCCUUGUGCCAUCUUGGCGGCGGUUUCUCUUCGGUUCCGGCGAAUUGAAAUGACUCUGCAAUGACCCAGAAUCGAUUAUUCCGGACGCGUAAUUCUAAACCUGACGAAGAAGCAGAAUCCGCCACAAGCUGUGGUGGAAGAGCCGCCAUGAGAGUCGUAGUACCUCUGCAAAGCGUCGUUCAAGGAAGAGGCGGUGUUGUUUUGGGCUCUGUUAUACCGUGCGUUCUUUUCUACUUUCUUCAACUCUACUUGAAACGAAAUCGGUCAGACCAGACCCGGGACUCGCCGCCGUCGCCGGAUGCGGAUUCUUCGGGGAACUCAUCGCUGUCGUCGAGUAAUCAGUUAGUGGAGCUCACUGUGCUGCCUCGAACAUUGUCUCGGACCUUCCUCUCGCCGAGGUCGAGCGGGCAUGUUUGCGUUUCGGGUCGGGCUAAUUCGAUUGCUAGAAUUGGGGAUUCUUCGAUUUUCGUUGGAAUGAGGAGGUUCUUGGAGGACUCAUUUGACGAAUUCGAUAAUCCGACAGGGAUUAUUCAGCUAUCUGUUGCUGAGAAUAAGUUAUCCUCCGACUUGGUGCAAAAUUGGCUGACGGAGAAUGGAAGGGAUGCUAUAUUUGGAGGAGGGAAUCAUAAUGAGCUGAGUGUAGCAGGGACUGUUAGUUACCAGCCUUCAGAUGGAUUGCCGGAUUUGAAACUGGCUGUGGCAAGUUUCAUGUCUCAAGUUGUAGGGAACUCUGUCUCAUUCAUCCCUUCACAAUUAGUAUUAACAACUGGAGUGACCUCUGCAAUUGAAACACUUUGCUUUUGCAUAGCUGACCCAGGACAAGCGUUUCUCGUUCCAACGCCAUAUUACCCGGGUCUUGACAACGAUGUAAAGUGUCGAACUGGGGUGGAGAUCGUACCAGUUCCAUGCUGCAGUGCCGAUAACUUCAGUUUAAGCACAACUUCUCUUGAUCGAGCGUUCCACCAGGCAAGGAAUCGCGGCCUUAAAGUUCGUGGAAUUAUAAUCUCAAAUCCUUCAAUUCCAGUUGGAAACCAGCUACAAAGAGAAACACUCUACAACCUUUUGGAGUUUGCUAGGGAGAAAAACAUCCAUAUAAUAUCAAAUGAAAUACUUGUAGGAUCAACUUAUGGAAGUGAAGAAUUCGUGAGCAUGGCUGAAAUGAUCGACUUAGACGAUAGCGAUCAAGACAGAGUACAUAUUACAUAUGAUCUAUCUGUAGACAUGUCACUUCCUGGUUUCAGAGUUGCUGCAAUCUACUCUUCGAACGAAAAUAUCCUGGCUGCUGGUAGAAAACUGGCAAGGUUCUCAUCUGUUUCUUCCAUAACCCAGAACCUCCUUUCUUCUAUGCUCUCAGAUAAGCAAUUCAUCCAGAGGUUCAUUCGGAUCAGUCGAGAGAGGCUUGGAGAAAUGAAUCGUAAAUUUGCUGCAGGCCUGAAGGAACUCGACAUCAAAUGUAUCAAGAGCAAUGGAGGUUUCUACUGCUGGGCAGAUAUGAGCAAGCUAAUCGGCUCGUACAGCGAGAAAGCCGAACUUGAGCUCUGGGAAAAGCUGUUGGAUAUAGGUAAAGUUAAUCUUACCCCUGGCUCUAGCUGUAGUUGUGUUGAACCAGGAUGGUUUGGAUUCUGUUUUACAACUUUGAUUGAUAAAGAAAUACCUAUCAUUAUGGACCGAAUUCGAAAAAUUUCCGAAGCAUGUAAAUCUUAUACUUGAACUGUUAUUAUUUUUCGUUCUUAGCUUCCAUAGUUUUCUAUAGUAGAUCUGGAUAUUUCUGAACCUUCCUCAGUUGAUAUCAUGUUGUGGAC